GUUGUUUUCCAUCAGCUCUUGGAGCACCAUUUGUCUCGUCAUCUUAUUAUGGACGCAUUGGCUUCACGAACAAUGAUUUAGGCUAUGGUUGACGAACCGUCCUAGAACGCGACCCCUCGUGACCAGUUAUCGAGGCCAGUUAUUGAGGCCAAACCACGCCAAACCUUUCUAGAUACCCGAGCACAACAAAAAGAGCCCCCUAGAAAAAAAAUUCUACAGUCAUCUGUGUCUCGCUGAAUCAACGGCUGCUCGACUUCUCGGUCCUCCUGCCUAUGCUCAAUUUAUGAGACACACCUCAUGAGAAUCACAUUUCACCUUCUCUAUGUUGGCGAUCCAUCUAUACCUGCACUGCAAAGAGAAAAGGCUACCCGUGUAGACAUUUUCUCGCCACCAACGAGCCCGAACGAUGGAACGGCAGUCUGAAUGGGAAGAGGGGGGAUUCCAGGAACCCGCGACCCUGGACCUUGAUGUGAUACAUGCGGGACGUCAAUUCGAGGAAACAGAUAUUGAGGAUGACACAAGUUCCAUCGAGUUGGCGCAUACGACACCGCCAAUCUGUGCCCAAAUGGAAGGCAGCGAGUCUUGCGAUCGAACCGAUGACAGGCCGGCCGUGGAGGAGUCAUCGAGCCCCGAGCCGUCAACAGAUUCCUCUAGUCAAGGGGGUGAAGCGAACACCCCUACUAAAGAGCUUGAACUUCUCAAAAUUGACCGUGAUUGGACUGUACCGACAACAAGUGACCCUUGGACUCACCUUUUGCUAUGGAAUCGGGAGUCUCCCGAGUAUAUCCAGAAGUUGUACCGCCAUUUGCCCUCAGCCCAAGUCCCCUCUAACAGCUCCGCGGCUGCCGCAGGAAUCGCCGCUGCUCACAGCGAUUCUGGAUAUGCGUCUAUUCCCAAGGAUGCUCCAGGAGCUACCCCGAAGCUUCAGGCUGAAGGAGCUGUUCUGCAAUCUCACAAUAUUUCAUCAGCAGCGAAUACAUCAGAACCCAUCCUUCUUCAGAGGGCCGAGGAUGCUGGGGAAAGUCAAACAGUUUACUCAGACCAAAAUUCCGAGGAUGCUAGGAGAACUCAGGAGUACAUUUGGGAGUUUACAAAAUACCUCUACCAACAAAUUAAUGGACAGCUUACAUCGAUGAAUAUUGAGAAGGCGAUCAAGUUGCUUCCAAAACUUUUGGAAGCAUAUGCUAAAAAGAUGGGCCAGAUGUCGCUCGUACAAAUAAACCGAGAGAUAAUGUACUCUGUGUACAAACACCGAAAGCUGAUACCCCAGUUGUUGAGGAUCAUCUUUGAAGAUGACCAGGUAGUGAUAGAGCGAGAGCCUGACACCGAACUGAUGUCAACAAAUGAUAAAAUAAAUCUACUCUGGAGCAAAGGGUCCGACACAGACAACCCUCUAGAUCCCGAAGGAGAUCUGAAUCUGGUUGCCAACUUUGACGGCGAUGAUGACAACGACAACUACGACCAUCCACCAGAGGGCGAUUUUCCCCAGUACCGCGAUGCGAUCAUUGAACACCCCUCCUUUAACUGGCUUAUACAAAGACUCACUAUGGAGUUGAAUAUCUCUCCAACAGACGCAUAUGCCAUGAUGGCCAUUCAUCAACGUAUUGAAGAAGGUCUGCGUGAUAUUAAUAGGAUAAGCAGGACACGCGGGCUAGACCCUUUCACGGUAAUAUUCAACGUCAACUGCGACAUUCUUACAUUUGUACGAGAGCAAAAAUAUCAUGAGGCUGCUGCCGACGUGAUACCGAACGUGGUGGCUUUGACGGGGACAGAUGCCACCAAUAUACAAAUUUCAUCACCCGAACAAUAUCUUCGACAGGUAUGGCCAACUAUAGGGUGUCAUCUUUUGGAAACUAUCCAGGGAGCACUACGAGUGCAUGACCCCGCUUCCCCAUUUCGAAACUCAGUAGCAUACACAUACGCAGAUGGGUCAAAGAUCAAAGUCUCAGUAGGCGAAAGAACAAUCAGAGUUGAAACAGCUGGUACAGCUUAUGCUAUUAGAGAAAUCGCAGAGCAGAUUGGGUGGCUAGCAACAACACUCAGGUCCGGGAUUAAAGAUUCCGAGAUCUCGCUUUGUCGCCCGGAAAUCAUCGGCUUCAAAGUCAAAAACAUUCGGAACCUACAUAUCGAUGAAGAUGAGCUUGGGAAAAUUUUCGUAUGUAAAGUGGAAGUGGCCACUGACGAGAUUGUGCCCAACUUGCCGAGCAUCAAUGGCCAAUGCUGGAUGGCAAUGUUCAACAACCCGGUUGUUGUAAAGGGCUAUCCAAUAAAUCCAAGAGAAGAAGGUUUUACACCUAUACCUGGGUUGGAAAUAUCUUGGGGAGACAUGAUAACCUUUGCGCAAAGCCCACACCACACGAUUGUCGGGGGUAAGGUUGUGAUGAAAGGGUUCUCGCAGGCAUUAAUCCCAACUGGAGUUCAUGACAAUAUCAUCUCUUGGCACUACAUUGUUGACGAAUCUGGUGCUCGCAUCCCAUAUGGAGACCCUCGUAUACAGCAAGGAAUGUUCGUUCCCCCAGAUCUGCUCGGGAGUGCAUGUCGCCACGUUAUCGGAUGGUGCGCGAAUGCGCAAAAUAACAUAGGGUCCCCAACUGCAAAUUAUGACAUUCAGGGAUCUGGUCUUUCAUCGGACGGCGGCGGCUUUACCUUCGAGGGGCUUGAAAUCAGUGUGGGCGUCAAAAACUGCGCAGCGGUCACUUCGACCCUGAGGAGAGGCACGAAAGACAUGCCGAUCUGCAACCCCCCGCCGCUUUAUCGAUCCCUUGUUCAACAUGUCGGGCAACAUUAUUUCACGUUGUACGAUGUUGAAGAAAGACGUGGUUUCUUAUCUACUGGUCUAGCCGUGCUUCUUCACCUCCUCCGCGCUUCUCUAAGAUGGGGAGAGAAAGAGAAUCCGCGUGACUUUUAUACAGAUGCUAUCGAAUGGCUUAAUAAGAUACCUCUUUCUACCCAAGGCACACAGGCGGCAAAACAAAUUCUAUAUGAUAGUGCCAACUGGGAUAUCAAGCUUCACUUAGACGAUAUAGAUAAGUACCAUCUCUUGAAAGAUAGGGUACAGAGUAUUUGUCACCUCCUAGAGACGGCCAUCGAGAAAGCAAAUCAGGCGAUUUAUCAAGGUGCCUUAAAAGGAACGCCAAAGAAUAUUUUAGGCGGAUUCGACUUCAUGGAUAUAGCGGUAGGCAGACCAUUGAAGCCCAUCAUAGAAAAGCUCCAAAUUGGGGACCACGGCACUGGGUGGACAGAUCUUGCAAACUCUCUUGGAGCACUUCCUCUUUUUGGUAACAACUUUGGAGACCUAAUUAAGCCAGAUGCAGGGAGCGUUACAAAAUCCUGCCGUCAAUGUGGAUUUGAACCUAGUUUACCGUCUGGGAAGAAUUACGUAGCGGUAUGUGUCGACGUCCUCAAAGAGAUUCGCGAAAGGAAUAACGGUUGCAAGAAUACCACUCCGUGGCUACUCAUAGAUGGCCUCCGUUGUCAUCUUGACAAAACUUAUUUCGAACCCUGUCGGUGCAUCAGCUCUAAUAGUCAAGGCGGUAACCAUGACCGGGUUCAAGCAAUCUCAUCCAAAGACAGCUUGCUGGAUACAACAUCCGCCUACCCAAUGGAUAUUGACAGUAACGGUGCGGUCAUAUUCGGCCACAAACGGAUCAUCCACAAACGGAAUAAGAAGAGAGGCAAGAGAUUCAUCCGAAACAGCCGCAACACCACGACCAUACAAAACGGUUUCUCCCCUAGCCACAGCACCCAAUUGCAGGCAAUGAAUACAGCGGUCAGAAUACCUCCGGUAUCCGCAUCACAAGAUGGGAAUUCCGAGGCAAAUGGAAACCAGUUGUCCGACACCGUGAGCUCUGCUACCCCUGAUACUUUCACGUCGUCAGGAGCCAGCGGAUCAGACUCAAAUAAUACUACUAUCGAGCAGCAGAGUCGGACCUCAAAUUCUGGAUCUCCAAAGCCCAAACCCGCGGUUGUCGCACCGCAAAUAGCAUCAGUCACACCACCAACAGUCCCUCGAAAAAGGUAUGGCAGAAAAGCAAAAGACAUCUACCAGAGGGCUUGGAAGAAAAUUAAACCUUCGUAAAGGGAAAGGAGUUUCCGGAUAGAAAUGGUAUCACUUUCUCUGAUGACGUGUGACUUUAUCUUUCUGUUAGAAUACCAAUUGCUGCAACGAAUUAUUCUACUAUCGCAGCUGUCGUUCAAUAUAGUUUAAUAAAUAGACUUUGUUUCUCCGAG